UUUUUGGGAGCAAAUUUUUGGUAAAAUAAUUGUAAUAAGUUAAGAAAACUUUUUUAAAAGUAGAAGUAAGCAGGCGGUAUUAGAAAUAUAAAAGCCUAUAAGAAGUGUUAAGGAGUUCUGUAACCAUGUUUAAAAGUCUUUCAAUUUUAUUGUUGACUGUGCCUUAUCUAGCCGCCUUUAAGUAUGUGGCUAAACCUCGUUUGACAGACUUCUGUUUGGGCCAUGAAUGGGGAGAGUUUGUGUCCAAUCCCAAUGACUGUAAGCUAUUCUUUUUAUGCGGUAAAAAUGGUGAAGGUGUAGUGGCCUCUUGUCCACCAAAUAUGCUGUUUAAUGAUAAAACUAAACUAUGUGAUAAUGCUGAAAAUGUGAAGUGUGACGAUGUAGCUUUAGCUGAAGAGGUGGAUGAUGAGGAGGAGGAGGAGUUAACUAUUGCUACCUCUACCACCAAAGUCCCUAGCAUGAUCAGCACCACCACCGUCAGCCCUCCAAAUGCUGAUCAAUAUUGUUAUAAUUUGUAUGCUAUGCAGAGUAAGAAAUACACCUUAGUUUUCUUGCCUCAUCCACGUAAUUGCCAACAGUUUUAUAUAUGUUAUCAUGGUAAAGCUUUAUUACAAUCCUGCAGUCCUAGACUUAAUUGGAAUUCUAAAUUGGGUAAAUGUGAUUUACCCUCUAAUGCUGAAUGUGUUAUAGAGAAAAAAGAGGAAAAUCAAGACGAUGAAAAUGAGGUUUUAACUUCAUUACAGGAAUCUAUAUGGGGUAAUGGCAUUAAGUGUCCUUUAUAUGGAGAGCAUAUAUUUCCCAAUACCCAGAAAUGUGAUUCAUUUAUCUUUUGUGUCAAAGGUCAGGCUAUAUUGCAAAGUUGUCCUUUUUAUCAGUAUUUUGAUAUGGAAAGUGCCCGCUGUAAAUGGCGUCCUAAGGCUACUUGUGUUAAGGAUUUAAAUUUGGAAUAUCAAGAUAAAAUAAAUCUUUUUUUAUUUGCUCUGGUACUUAUACCCUCAAUUUAUGCGGCGGUACGUCGCGUUCGACCGGAUUGUAGCUCUCAACCGAACGGUGCUAUAAUAUUAGAUCCGAAAUCUUGUGCUCAUUACUAUCAGUGUUAUAUGGGUCGUACGUUUCGUAAACGUUGUUUGGGUGGUUUUUACUAUGAUGACAAAAUGAAAAUGUGCAAUUUCCCGCAAUUUGUUGAGUGUAAUGGUCGUGGCGUGAGAGGAUUUAAAGAAAAUAGUUCUAAGAAUUGUGCUAAAACAACUACAACUACUCCAUGUAGUCCUGAAGCAGCUCCUACAACUACUACUGCACCAUGUAAUCCUCCUGCAGCUCCAACAACUACUACCACUACACCAUGUAAUCCUCCUGCAGUUCCAACAACUACUACUACACCAUGUAAUCCUCCAACUGCUCCAACAACUACAACUACGCCAUGUACUCCUCCAGAAGAAUUAACAACUACCACUACACCAUGCAAUCCUCCAGAAGCUCCUACAACUACUACUACGCCAUGUAAUCCUCCAGCAACACCAACAACUACUACUACACCAUGUAAUCCCCCAGAUGCUUCUACAACUACUACUACACCAUGUAAUCCUCCAGAAGAACUAACAACUACCACUACACCAUGCAAUCCUCAAGAAGCUCCUACAACUACUACUACACCAUGUAAUCCACCCGCUGCUCCAACAACUACUACUACACCAUGUAAUCCACCCGCUGCUCCAACAACAACCACCACACCAUGCAAUCCUACAGAAGCUCCUACAACUACUACUACGCCAUGUAAUCCUCCAGCAGCACCAACAACAACUACUACACCAUGUAAUCCACCCGUUGCUCCAACAACAACCACUACACCAUGCAAUCCUCCAGAAGCUCCUACAACUACUACUACGCCAUGUAAUCCUCCAGCAGCACCAACAACUACUACUACACCAUGUAAUCCACCCGCUGCUCCAACAACUACCACUACACCAUGUAAUCCUCCAGAAGUUCCAACAACUACUACUACACCAUGUAAUCCUCCCGCUGCUCCAACAACUACCACUACACAAUGUAAUCCUCCACAAGUUCCAACAACUACCACUACACCAUGUAAUCCUGCUCCAACAACAACCACUACAGCAUGCAAUCCUACAGGAGCUCCUACAACUACAACUACGCCAUGUAAUCCUCCAGCAGCACCAACAACUACUACUACACCAUGUAAUCCUCCAGAAGAUCUAACAACUACCACUACACCAUGCAAUCCUCCAGAAGCUCCUACAACUACUACUACGCCAUGUAAUCCUCCAGCAGCACCAACAACUACUACUACACCAUGUAAUCCUCCAGAAGCUCCAACAAGUACUACUACACCAUGUAAUACUCCAGAAGCUCCUACAACUACCACUACACCAUGCAAUCCUCCAGAAGCUCCUACAACUACUACUACUCCAUGUAAUCCUCCAGCAGCACCAACAACUACUACUACACCAUGUAACACUCCAGAAGAACUAACAACUACCACUACACCAUGUAAACCUCCAGAAGCUCCUGCAACUACUACUACGCCAUGUAAUCCUCCAGCAGCACCAACAACUACUACACCAUGCAAUCCUCCAGAAGCUCCUACAACAACUACUACUACACCAUGUAAUCCUACAGAAGCUCCUACAACUACUACUACACCAUGUAAUACUCCAGAAGAACUAACAACUACCACAACACCAUGUAAUCCGCCAGAAGCUUCUGCAACUACUACACCAUGUAAUACUCCAGAAGCUCCAACAACUACCACUUCCCCAUGUAAUCCUCCAGAAGCUCCUACAACCACUACUACGCCAUGUAGUGUUCCAGCAGCACCAACAACUACUACUACACCAUGUAAUCCACCCGCUGCUCCAACAACUACUACACCAUGUAAUCCUCCCGCUGCUCCAACAACAACCACUACACCAUGCAAUCCUACAGAAGCUCCUACAACUACUACUACGCCAUGUAAUCCUCCAGCAACACCAACAACAACUACUACACCAUGUAAUCCUCCAGAGGAACCAACAACUACCACUCCACCAUGUAAUCCUCCAGAGGAACCAACAACUACUACUACAUCGUGCAACCCACCAACUGAUGCUCCAACUACAACACCGUGCAACCCACCAACUGAUGCUCCCACUACAACACCGUGCCACCCACCAACUGAUGCUACAACUACAACACCGUGCAACCCACCAACUGAUGCUCCAACUACAACACCAUGUAAUCCACCUACUAAAGCCCCAACUACAACACCAUACAAGCCACCAAUUACAACACCCUGCAAUCCACCAACUAAUGCUCCAACGACAACACAAUGCAAACCACCAACUGAAGCCCCAACUACAACACCGUGUAAUACAUCAACUGAAGCACCAACUACAAAACCAUGCAAUAUACCUACCAAACCCUCAACUACAACACCAUGUGGUAGCAAUGGUCUAAAAUCAAACAAUGCCAAUAAGCCCCACAAAAAUAUAAUCCAACAAUUAGUAGGUAAAUUUCCAAACUUCUCUAUCUCCUCCUCCACCUCGACCAAACAACAGCAAAAUAUUAACAACUUGUGUUUAAACAAACGUCCCGGUACUUAUGUAAGAGAUCCCAAAGAUUGUGCCACCUACUAUAUGUGUAAUUUCGAUCAGACCAUAGUGAGCAAGUGUCCUAAGGGUCUUUACUUUGAUAGCGAAAAACGUUUCUGUAAUUUUGCUAAAUUUGUAAAAUGUAAUGUUUAAGCGUAAAUUGUUUAUCGUGAAUGUUUUAAAUAAUAAAAAGGCAAUUAAAAAAUAA